CGCCCCUCGACACAAAACCAGACUCUUCCCCGUACCGCUCUCUGUGUCAGCUCUCUCUUUUUUUUCCCCUUUCUCUACGCAGAAUUCCUCUGCCUGCCCCUCUUCCCUGGCCUUCCCUGCCCGCUGCCCAUCGCCCACUUCAGGUGUCAAUCGUUUAGCCCAGGGCCACAUACCAGCCAGCCCAAGGAUGGAGAAAGGAAGCCCAGGUGUCACCAGGAGUACUUGGAGCAAUUCUCUACCCAGGAACGAUCCUCUGAGACUCCCUGGGCAAAGUCCCUUUCUUGACUCUUCGGAAAUCCUUCUUGAUAGUCCUCCCAAGAGAGAUGAGAAGAAGAUGAAAGCUGCUCGCCUCAAAUUUGAUUUCCAAGCAGAGUCGCCAAAAGAACUGACCCUGCAGAAGGGGGACAUUGUGUACAUCCACAAAGAAGUAGAUAAAAACUGGCUUGAAGGAGAACACCACGGCAGGGUGGGCAUUUUCCCUGCUAAUUACGUGGAGGUCCUGCCUCCAACCGAAAUUCCCAAGCCCAUCAAAGUGCCCUCCCUCCAAGUCUUGGAGUAUGGGGAAGCAGUGGCCCAGUACAACUUCAAAGGAGACUUGGCGGUAGAGUUGUCCUUUCGAAAGGGUGAACAUAUCUGCCUUGUCCGUAGGGUAGACGAGAACUGGUAUGAAGGUCGCAUCUCUGGCACAAACCGCCAGGGUAUUUUUCCAGCCAACUAUGUCCAGGUGGUGAAAGAGCCAAGGGUGAAGAAUUCGGAGGAAUAUCCUUCCUCCCCGGGCCUCCCGGGCCAUGCCAGCUCGUCCCCCCAGGCACAGGCGCCCAGUCUGGGCAGUAGGUGGCAGUCUGAGACUUCCCCUUCAAACCUGCCAAACGCUCUGGCACCAGACCUGCUCGCCUCCUCUUCCUCCUCUGCCUCUUCUGGAUUCACAUUUCCCAUCUCUCCAAAGUUUGAAAACCCCGAGACCAUGACUCACAGAAUCCAGGGCGCACUCAGAGCUGGCUCUUUCAGUCCCCAGAGUCGAAGCCCUGGGAAAAUGUCCAGUGGGAGCCCCCAGCCUCUCACAUCUGUCCAGAUGAAGGACCCGCCACGCCCUGUUCCUCCUCUGUUGACUUCCCAAGCACGGCCUUCCAUUCCGCCACAGAAUUCCGCCCUGGAAGCGGCGUUUUCCCCCACUUCAAAGCCGCGGAGCCCCCCCCACGCCUCCAGAGACCAGUCCCCCUCCGGCAUCCAGUGGACUCCGUACCAAGCUCUCUACCAUUACCGACCUCAGAACGAAGAUGAAUUGGAGCUUCAGGAAGGUGAUCGCGUAGAUGUGAUGCAACAGUGCGAUGAUGGAUGGUUUGUGGGGGUCUCUAGAAGGACGCAGAAAUUUGGCACUUUCCCUGGGAAUUACGUUACUCCCGUGUGACCAGCAGCUGUCUCAUCCAUGCGAUUGAAUCAGAAUCUUCUGCUCCUGGGAUCUUGCCUUCUUGGAGAAGCACCCACGAUCAACAGAUAUGAAAGUAAAGAGUAUAAAAGACAUGGUCUGAAAGCUAAUAUUCCCCCACCCCACCCCCAAGAUAUGUCUUGUUUGCCAGCUGGAGUCUGUACUCCUUGACUUGGUAUCUUCUGCACCUUGGCUUUCUCGAAGGAGACGAUUACAACCCACUUUCUAUUCCCAGUAUUUAUGAACCAUCACUAAUUCCAGCAUUCCCAUGACAGAUGUGGGUUGAACAGAACGUACUGGCCUCUUGUUUCUCUUAAACCUGGGGAUUCCAUGUUUUGGCCAGUUCUUACAACCGCCUUGGAAAGUGGAGAUGAGCAUUCUCUACCGUUGAGCCUAUGCUAAUUCUUCCCUCCAGAAAAAAAAAAUGUGUUUUUCUUGAAAGUACCAUGGUUGGAAAGCUUGGCCUAGAACCCAAAAUCCCAACGCAACAGAUGAACGGACUGGGUUACCUGACUUACACAACCUCGGUGUGUGCCCCAUAGGAAUCUCUGGGCCUUUCCACCAAGAGAUUGUGCCCUUUGCCUAAAGUCUGGGGACUAAAGAUUCUCAGUCCUCCAAGUCAUGUUUGUCCCAAAGGUACUUUAUUUUUUCUUCCCAAAAGGCAACUGGACUUUCUUGGGUUUGUUUUUUUUCCCUUCUUUGAAGUCGUUUUGCUUUUUCAUCCAUGCAGCUCCUUCAGUUCUGACUGAAUUUACUUAACGCAGGCGGAUAAGCUGGAGGGUUACCAGCACUCACAUUUUUGUAUCUUGCCUAACCUCUCUCAAAGCCUCGGGGGCUGAACUUUGAUCUGAAUCACCCUUCCAUACAAAGACUCCGGUAGAACUUUGAUCUAAAUAACGUAACCGCCGUCCUCUUUCAUGCUCAGCCCCGCAGGCAGAAGCACUUUCUGUGGUUUGGGUUUGACACAAGCUGAGGGCGAUCGGCUGAAGGGGCGAUCAAGAUA